ACCAACCAGAGAAGACGGCAAGGAAAUCCCACUUUAAGACCCCGGGAAACUUCGGCCGCUCGGAACACGGAACUUUGGGAGCCCCGGCCACGCCGGGCCUUUUUCGCCCGCGCGCCCCUUUUCGCCUUCCCCAUUGGCUCAUUCUAGGAAGGGCGCCGCCAGGGGGCCCUCUGGUCACCUUGUCCUCCGCGCGCUCUAUGGCGAAAGGGCCUUGCGCAGGCGCGCGAAGGGAGCCUUCGGGGGCCCGCGCUUUACGACACUUGUGCAGCAGUGGCGGCGGCAACUCGGCACUCCUUCGCGACGAUUCGGCCGGGUGCCGCUGGCGGCGGUUGCCAGGGUGGGGGUCGCUUUGCGGCAUGGCGAUGGCGGAGGGCGAGCGGACUGAGUGUGCUGAGCCCCCCCGGGAGGAGCCCCCGGCUGAUGGCGCUCUGAAGCGGGCAGAGGAGCUCAAGACGCAGGCCAACGACUACUUCAAAGCCAAGGACUACGAGAACGCGAUCAAGUUCUACAGCCAGGCCAUCGAGCUGAGCCCCAGCAAUGCCAUCUACUAUGGCAACCGCAGCCUGGCCUACCUGCGCACCGAGUGCUACGGCUACGCGCUGGCCGACGCCACACGGGCCAUCGAGAUGGACAAGAAGUACAUCAAGGGCUACUACCGCCGCGCCGCCAGCAACAUGGCGCUGGGCAAGUUCCGGGCCGCCCUGCGCGACUAUGAGACGGUGGUGAAGGUGAAGCCCCACGACAAGGAUGCCAAGAUGAAAUACCAGGAGUGCAACAAGAUCGUGAAGCAGAAGGCGUUCGAGCGGGCCAUCGCGGGCGACGAGCACAAGCGCUCCGUCGUGGACUCUCUGGACAUCGAGAGCAUGACCAUCGAGGAUGAGUACAGCGGGCCCAAGCUUGAGGACGGCAGAGUGACAAUCACCUUCAUGAAGGAGCUCAUGCAGUGGUACAAGGACCAGAAGAAGCUGCACCGGAAAUGCGCCUACCAGAUCCUGGUACAGGUCAAAGAGGUCCUCUCCAAGCUGAGCACGCUCGUGGAGACCACGCUUAAAGAGACAGAGAAGAUUACAGUGUGUGGGGACACCCACGGCCAGUUCUAUGACCUCCUCAACAUAUUUGAGCUCAACGGUUUACCCUCGAAGACCAACCCCUACAUAUUUAAUGGUGACUUCGUGGACCGAGGCUCCUUCUCCGUAGAAGUGAUCCUCACCCUUUUCGGCUUUAAGCUCCUGUACCCAGAUCACUUUCACUUACUUCGAGGCAACCAUGAGACGGACAACAUGAACCAGAUCUACGGCUUCGAGGGCGAGGUGAAGGCCAAGUACACAGCCCAGAUGUACGAGCUCUUCAGCGAGGUGUUCGAGUGGCUCCCGCUGGCCCAGUGCAUCAAUGGCAAAGUGCUGAUCAUGCACGGGGGCUUGUUCAGUGAAGACGGCGUCACCCUGGAUGACAUCAGGAAGAUCGAGCGGAGUCGGCAGCCCCCAGAUUCAGGUCCCAUGUGCGACCUGCUCUGGUCAGACCCGCAGCCGCAGAACGGGCGCUCGGUCAGCAAGCGGGGCGUGAGCUGCCAGUUCGGGCCCGAUGUCACCAAGGCCUUCCUGGAGGAGAACAGCCUGGACUACAUCAUCCGCAGCCACGAGGUCAAGGCCGAGGGCUACGAGGUGGCGCACGGCGGCCGCUGCGUCACUGUCUUCUCUGCCCCCAACUACUGCGAUCAGAUGGGGAACAAAGCCGCCUACAUCCACCUCCGGGGCUCUGACCUGCGGCCCCAGUUCCACCAGUUCACAGCAGUGCCUCAUCCUGACGUCAAGCCCAUGGCCUACGCCAGCACGCUGCUGCAGUUAGGGAUGAUGUGAGGCCCACGUGGCAGGGCCUCCGCUCCCCAUCCGACCCCAGGCCCGGCCCAGGGCAACGUUGGACCCCCCUUUUACUUUGUAAAGUUUGUAUUUAUUCCCCUUUAGGUUUGCAGAGGGGGUGGGGGGCUGGCCAGAUGGUCUGCUCCCCGGACAAAGAAGAAGGAGGUGGAGAGGCCGAGGGUGGGGCACCGACCGGGCAUUCUGGAGGGAGGCCAGCGCUGCCGUGGGUGGGGCGGGGCCCAGAGGCUUCCCCGCCCCCCUCGCUUGCAUGGCCCCUCCCCUGCUAAAGCAAUAGGGCCCCGCCAUAGGAAGACCCCUGGAAGGAGGGUCAUCAGGGAGGCCUCACCUGCACCCCCCCCUCCUGGCAGCCCCAGGGCGGGGCUAGGCUGGGGCUCACCCCCUUCCCCAGCUAUUUUAUGUCUGUAAUUAAAUAUGUUAAAAUAAAGUCGUUAUUGUAAGUCAG